UCUCACACUGGCAAUAUGUUAACUUCCAUAGCGUCUGUACUUGAAACAUGAAGGAGGGAGCCAUGGAUCGUACACCAGGCGGUCGCCGGCGGAGGAGUAUGAGAUUGUACUGCAAACAAACGGGAGCGCAGGAUGAAUCGGUUACGAGGGGAAACGCAAACGUUUUGAGAUCUCUGAGCGUGGGAAACACGGAGGACAAUGACAUGGAGGAUGAUCCUGGUCUUCUCAAAAAUGGCAGUUUGUGCCAUCGAGUCAUAGCACCCCGCUACAGCUUGCUGCGCGAAGUGGGAAGGGGCAGUUACGGCGUUGUUUACGAGGCAGUUGCCCGACGGUCGGGCGCAAAAGUUGCAGUGAAGAAACUCCGCUGUGAUGCACCGGAAAGUGUCGAGUUGGCCUUGCAGGAAUUUUGGGCGCUGGCCAGCUUGGAGAAACGACACCAGAAUGUGGUGCAGUUGGAAGAGUGUGUGUUGCAAAGAAACGGCAUGGCACAGAAAAUGAGCCAUGGGAAUAAAAGAUCCAAGCAAUAUUUGCGGUUGGUGGAGACUUCGUUGAAAGGUGAGAGAGUGCUCAGUCACCCUGAGGAGCCCUGCUACCUGUGGUUUGUCAUGGAGUUCUGUGAAGGUGGUGACCUCAACCAGUUUAUCUUGUCUCGCCAACCCAACCCACGAACCAACAACAGCUUCAUGCUCCAGCUAACCAGUGCUGUGGCAUUUUUGCAUGAAAACAACAUUGUCCACCGGGACCUCAAGCCAGACAACAUUCUCAUCUCAGAGAAGUCAGGGACUCCGGUCCUCAAGGUUGCUGACUUUGGCCUCAGUAAAGUUUGUGCUGGUUUGGAAAAUGUUGGCAAGGGGAAAGAAGGGGAGGACAAGAAUAAAAAUAUCAACGUGAACAAGUUCUGGUUGUCGUCGGCCUGCGGCUCAGACUUCUACAUGGCUCCCGAGGUGUGGGAGGGCCACUACACAGCCAAAGCUGACAUCUUUGCCCUAGGCAUCAUCAUCUGGGCUAUGCUGGAAAGAAUUACUUUUGUCGAUGCUGAGUCCAAACGGGAACUGUUGGGUACAUAUGUGAGACAUGGAGAAGACAUUGUGCCAGUAGGUGAGGCACUUCUAGAGAACCCAAAGAUGGUACUGAAUAUUCCACUGAGACGUAGAUCGUCCAUGUCUGAGGGGGUAAAGAAGCUUUUACGGGACAUGUUGUCGGUCAAUCCUCAGGACCGGCCGGAUGCAUUUGAGCUGCAGGCUAGAAUGGACCAGGUUAUGUGUGCUGCGUGACCCUCCUUGAACUGGAUCAUUUAACAGACACCCCAUAUUUCCCAGAGCUGCUAUUUCCAGAAAGGGUCCUCCCUGUUUUAGCCUGAAGACUGUGAACCUUCUGUCAAGACUAAGGAGAGACCAGAGGCAGAUGUUGACACCUCUGCAUUUAAGAUGUAAGAAGUGGGGAUUUUAUUCUUUUUUUUUUAAUCGUUUACAAAAUGUAGUCUGCUACAGAUUUUGGUACAGAAUGUUCAUCUCUGAAAUAUUGUGAUAAUGUGAGAAAUUCUAUAUCUGCUAUUUGUUGGUAGAAGCUGUGUUUUGCUGCUUGGCAUGGUUGUCUUUAAGCUGAAUUGGGGGACAAGGGAUGAGGUACAGUUGCUGGCUCUGCACUCACUCAAAUAGGAUCAGGGAUUUUUCACCACAUCUGUGGCUAGGGAUAGAUAUUUGUGUAGUCGACAACAACACACAUUGUGUCAAUACAACUUUAAACGAAUAUGUAAAUGUAGCAAAAAGUUUUUAAAAAAAACUAUUCAAAUAACACACGUGUUACAAACUAGACACACGAAUGAGUUGACACUUGCAUUGUUUUUAAGGAUACGUGCAUAUAGAGACACUCCUGACUUUAUGUUAUCUUUGCGUUACUUUGUUCCUCUUGUUAUUUUGACAAAGCAGUUCCCUGAAGUAAUUCUCACCCACUUAUGGGAUCCACUGUAUUGAAGAUGAGAAUAAUGAGCAGGUUGCUAACUUGUGAAUGCAGUUGAUAUCAUGGAAACUAUUUCUACCUUUUAUUCUCCUCAUUAAUCAAUUUCCUCAUGCCUAUGGUGCCUUGGAGUUGUGUGUUGGUUGAAAUCAAAGUAUUUUAUUUGCAGUAUGAAUGACCCUGUCAUUUUAACCUCAAAAAUCUCUUGAUAUUUCUUUUAAUAUAUAUUUGAAUUGCCUAUUCUGUUUAUUCGGAAGCAAUGCCGUUGAAUUUCCAUAAAAAAAUGUACAUUUUAAAAAUUAAUUUAAUUUGGUGCUCAGAAUUUGCUUGUCAAUGUGUGAUGGUUUUAAGUAUCAAAGGAAAAAUCUGGUUGUAACUGGUUCCCAGGUUGUAAAACAAAGAACAAAAAAAACUAGAAUUUUCCUUUUAAAAUUAUGCUGCAGAACAAAUGCAGGUUAUCUUGAUAUCAUUUAUUUCUUGUGAUACAUAGGUGUUUGACCAGCCGGGGGAAUGUACUCUCUUUCAGUAUAUUAUCCUGUGAAAUCAAGUUGUGUGUAGGUAUUUUGUCCUGGAACCAAAGCUUGUAACACUUCAGAAACUGAAUGAAAGUUUUAUUUGUUUGUCAUUAGUCUCGUUUUGCCUGUGCUUGUAACACAGUUUAGUAAAAUUUGAUUGUAGUGGAUAUUCUCAUUGUACCGAACUACCUCAUUUUUUUCUGCCUAUUUGAAUUCCUUUAUUUUAUUUUUUUUACUGAGCCAUUGUUUCCUUUGUUCUUUCUUCAAAGGCACACAUUUUAAUUGCAGACAUUCCUUGGUUAACGAACGAUACUAGUGAAUUCAAAAAUGCUUCUUUUUUUGCAGUAUUGUUCCUUGGUUUGUGCAUGUCUAUUUUCCAUGGUAAUGGUUUUAAAGGCAUUGAUGGAUCAUGAACACAUUUUAGAGAUGGAUAUGAUUUUUAUCUUUUUCUGUUACUUAUUUUACUGCCCCCAUUUUGAUUUUUGGACCCUUUUUGUUUACAUUUUAGCAGGUGUUUACUCCCCUUUUUCUGUAGAUUGCUCAGCAAAUGUCAUAAUUAGCUUUUAACUUUUGAACUUAAGUCACAAGGUACCUCACUACUCCAUACCUUUUUUUCCGCUAAUGUAUAAGUAACGAGUGCAAUCUAGAUCAUCUUAGGUUGUUUGUUCGGUGUACAAGCAGUGAUCACGAAGUGGAGAUGAGACGAGGUACAAGCCGUACCUGAGGCGUAGACGCUUCUCUGACUUUUGCUCUUACAUUCUGGGAUGUUGGUUUGGAUUUCCAAGUGGUUAAUUUCAUUUCAUGGCAUUUUAUCUAGACAAAUGUGUAUUUAUUUUUUAAACUUUGAAAUUAAAGAUAUUUUCUGCUUCCUCUGUUGGAAAAGUUUAUCUUUUUUCUCUCUCUCUCGGGUUGCUCCCCCCCCUUGUCUCCCCAAUUACCCACUCUACCAAGCCGUCCUGGUCACUGCUCCACCCCCUCUGCUGAUCCGGGGGGGCUGCAGACUACCACAUGCCUCCUUUGAUAUAUGUGGAGUCACCAGCCACUUCUUUUCACCUGACAGUGAGGAGUUUCACCAGGUGUACAUAGCAUGUGGGAGGAUCAUGCCAUUCCCCCCAGUUCCCCCUCCCCCCCAAACAGACGCCUUGACCCACCAGAGGAGGCGCUAGUGCAGCU